UGAUCUGGGAGCCGCGGAGAGCGGCCGCGGAGAGGGGGACAUGACAGAGCGACUCGGAUAAAUGGCAAAUUUCAAAAUGAAGACCUUCCGGCUACGGGUGUUUUUUGUUUGGUGUUUUUUCCCUCUAUCCAGUGUUUUAUGUUUUAGUGAGUUAUCGUUCAUCACAGAGCCCAGUGAUAUCACUGUCUUACCAAAGGACUCAGCUGUGCUGGACUGCCUGGCUCAUGGGCAGCCCCCAGUCACCAUGAAGUGGCUUAAAAACGGAGUACCUAUGGCAGCAAGCGAACAUGCACAGUUCCUGCCCAACGGCUCCUUGUACAUACCGACCGUGAAGAACGACAGGGGGGACUCUGACGAAGGAUUCUAUCAGUGCCUUUCUCAGAACAAAUAUGGAGCUAUACUCAGCCAAAGAUCACGCCUGACCAUCGCAAGUAUUUCUGAAUUCCUGGCCCAUCCUGUGCCUGCGGGGGUCUCUGAGGGGUCGGUGGCUCGGUUCUGGUGCGCCGUCGCUGCCAGCCCUCAGGCCACCAUCACCUGGGAGCUCAAUCAAAGUCUGUUACCCCUGGAGACCGACAGAAUCACAAUCUUACCAAAUGGAGUGCUUCAGAUCCAGAAAGCACGGUUGGAAGACGCCGGACAAUACCGCUGCGUGGCGACCAACAUUGGCAAUCGCAUGAAGAGCAAAGAGGCUACUCUGACGGUCCACCAGGGGACAGCCCCUAAAUCUCGCCAGAAGCCCAGAAUCAUCGCUGGACCCCAGAACGUCACGGCGGCCAUGCAUCAAACGGUCGUCCUGGAGUGCGUCGCUACCGGCAACCCUCAGCCAAUCAUCUCGUGGAGCCGGGCGGACAGCAAGCCCAUCGACGUCUACAACGCCAAGGUGCUGGGCAGCGGCAACCUGGUGCUCACCGACGUCAAGCCCCAGCACAGCGGCAUCUACCUCUGCAGGGCGACCACCCCGGGCACCCGCAACCACACCCUAGCCUCCGCCAGCCUCACCGUCAUGGUGCGUCCGUCCAUUGUUGAGAGGCCAGAGAGCCAGACCCGACCCAGAGCUGGUACGGCCCGGUUCAUGUGCCAGGCGGAAGGGGUCCCCCAACCACGCAUCAGCUGGCUGAAGAAUGGCCAAAAGGUGCACCUCAACGGCAGGAUCAAGAUGUACAACAGGCAACUGGUGAUCACCCAGAUCAUCCCUGAGGACGACGCCAUCUACCAGUGCGUGGCGGAGAGUGAGUACGGCAUGGUGCUGUCCCUGGCGCGGCUCAUCGUGGUCAUGUCGGAGGACCGUCCAAGCGCUCCCAGGAACGUCCACGCCGAGACCAUCUCCAGCUCCGCCAUCUUGUUGGCCUGGGAGAGACCGCUGUACAACGCAAACAAAGUCAUCGCCUACUCUAUCCAUUACAUGAAGGCUGAGGGUCUGAACAACGAGGAGCUCCAGGCCGUUAUCGGCAACGACACCACCAGCUACAUCAUCGAGGACCUGGAGCCCGCCCGCAACUACACCUUCUACAUUGUGGCCUACAUGCCCAUGGGGGCCAGCCGUAUGUCCGACCAAGUCAGCCAACACACCCUGGAGGACGUGCCCCUGCGGACCCCGGAGCUGAGCCUGACCAGCCGGAACACCAGCGACAUUCAGGUUGGCUGGCAGCCGCUGCCGGCCAAGCUGAGCCGAGGCCGGGUGUCCGCCUACCGGCUGUCCUACCGCACGGCGGCGGACCCCGACGUCACCGCCGUGGACCUGCCCCGCGACGCCACCGAGCACCGCCUGGGCGACCUGGAGCCCGACACCAUCUACCUGCUCCGCAUCGCCGUGGCGACCCGCGUGGGCUGGUGCGAGCCCAGCGCCUGGACCUCCCACCGCACGCCCAGGGUGUCGAGCAGCAAAGUGCCCGCUGCCCCCCUCCUCCACCUGGAGCCCCUGAACUGUACCUCCGUCAUCGCCCGCUGGCAGACAGCCCCCGGAAGCGUGGUGGUGCAGGGUUACCGCCUGUCCCACCACGAGGAGGGCCUCCCUGAGCAGCCCGCCGUCCAGCUCCCGGCCCUGCUCUCACACUACACCAUCAGCGGCCUCGAUCCAAGGACGAAGUACCAUGUGAAGCUGUUGGCCUUCAGCCAACUUGGAGACGGCUACCAGUCAGACCAGACCAUCAGCACUCCUGGAUGUGUUUCGGUGAGAGACCACCUGUCCUCCGUGCCCCCGGCCCCCAGUCACGUGACCAUCACGGCCAACGGGUCUUCUUCGGUGGUGGUGCGCUGGAGUCGCCCGGCCUUCAUGGCGGGGAAGGCCCUGAGCUUCAGUGUCCGCUGCACCCCCGUGGGGACGCACAACGCCACCGCCGUACGCUACCUGCAGACCAUCAAGCAGAACAUGACAGUCCGGAACCUCAGUCCAAACACGCGCUAUGAGUUUGUGGUCCGUCUUCAACUGGACCAGAUGUCCAGUCCCUGGAGCUCGGUGGUCUACCACCAGACCCCCGCCGCCGCCCCCACCCAGCCGCCGUUGGCCGUGCGGAUGACCCUGAUCGAGGACGACACGGUGCUGGUGUCCUGGCGGGAGCCUGCGGACCCCCUGCUGGUGGUCACCCACUACACCCUCCUCUACGCCUCGCAGAAGGGCUGGCUGGCCGGGCGCUGGAUGAUCCUGCAGCGGGACGGGAGCAACACCAUGGCCCUGCUGGAGAAGCUGGAGCCUGGGAACAUCUACCUGGUGAAGAUCUGUGCUGCCAACCAGUUCGGAGAAGGUCCCUACUCCAGCCUGGUGGACGUGGCCCUGCCCCGGGCCAGCGGGCACCGCAGCAAGACCCCCCGGCACUCGGACAGCUUCACCGAAACACCAGCCCAUUCCAACAGCGUCUACCACAUAGACCAGCGAUCGAUGACAGGCAUCAUCGUGGGCGUCUGCAUCGCGCUUUCCUGUAUCGUCUUGUGUGCCUUUAUCCUCAUCAACAAGGGAAGAUCCAGGAAACCGUCCGGUCGGAAGAUGGUCGGCGUGCUGAGCGGCGACGGGGCGCAGGCGGGCAGGCAGCCGCCCUCGGAGAACGCUGAGGUCCUCGUACCCAUGAUGAGACCGCCAUUCAUAGACGCCAAGGGCGGACCCAGCAUGCUGCUCAGCCACCCCGGUCCGCUGCACAGCGCCACCAGGACCAAGAAGUGGCGACUCUUCUCCAGGGAGAAGCGAAAUCCAAACAUAAGUGAUGCGGAGAAGAGGGCUUGCCUGUACGAGGCGGGUAAGACGGUCCUGCGGUACGAGGAGAGGCCGGGGUCCGCUGCCCUGCCGCCAUUCUCCCGGGAGAUCAUCUUUGGUCCGCAGCCCCACCAGGACCAGCCCCCCGAGAGCUGGCACACCGGCGAGGGCAGCCAGGAGACGGCCGACUCGGGACACUACUCCCAGGAGGAGACUAGCAGCUCCUCGUCAGGCAGCAGCCACGGCCCAGCGGAACCGCCUUUCUCCCGUUCUGCCGACGGCCCCGCGGUCGCCGCCGUGGUUGGGGAGCUCACUCCAUCGCUCAGGGUGGAAGACAACAAGAUUGAAACCUGCGCCCUCCCUCACUGGCCCCCUGAGGCGCUGAUGGUCUCCCUGCCGUCCGUGUUCCCGCCCCACCCAGCCGGUUCCUGACACCUCCGCCCUCCACAGCCUUUUUAGACCCACCACCACCACCAGUGACCCUUCUGGGCUCCCUGACCUGCAGGCUCUUCAGGGACAGAGAUCAGGGAGCCGGCGACGAGGGCUGAGGUGGUGCUUCUUCUGGCAUAUCUCAGGAUUUAAGCUGUUGUUGUUACUACUUUCUUUCUUUCCUUUUUUUUUUUUUUUACUAUCUGCCUUUGUGUGUGUCGUGUGUCUGUGUGUUUGUCUCUAUGUCUGUCUUUCUGUCUGUCUGGCUAUGUGUGUGUGUGUGUAUAUGUGUGUGUGUCUAUGUGCGGGCAUGUGUUGUGCAUUGUCUGACCUGAACCAAAGCUCACCUAUGAUGAAUGUUUAAAAGAAUGUCAAGAAAUGUCUUUCAAUUUCGGAUACGUUUUCAUUGUAUUUAAUUUCUUCCACUGGAGCAGCAGGAGCGAUCAAUCCCUUUGAAACUCACUGUCUACCUCAACUGUCUGUUUCUGUAUGUACCUUUCUACCUCCUUUUAUCGUAGUAGGUGGUGCAGUAUUUUGACAAGACUCAGGGGGCAAGGUUGAAGCAUUUUAACGUCUCGUCUACCUGUGUCGGUGCGUUAUCGUUGGGUGGGGUUUGGUUUUACCGCCAUUUCUCCACAUAUUAUUUACUGAUUUUAUUAACUGCUUUUUAUAUGUCACAUUUCAUAGCAUGCUGUGAAAAGAAUAAGUGCAUUAGACAUUGUCUGACUUUUGAGUAAUAUCAUACCAAAAAACGACGGCUGGCAUCUCAGUGCACUGGUUUCUAAUAGCUUUAACAUGGCCUUAUUGCUGAAGGGCAUGGCGUUUUAUGGAUAAGGUGGAUCCAAAGACGGGAAUGUGUCCAAAGAAUGAUGAAUUUUUAAGUGCUACCAAAAAAUAAUACUAUGUAGAUGUACAUUAAGAGUGUAUAUUCCGAACCUUUUUCUUAGCGACGAUCUAAGGAACCCAGGAGGGGUGGUAUGAAUGGUUUUGCUGAAUAUGUAUUACUUUUCCCUUAAUGCUAUUGUUUCUUGGGGAAAGCUUUAACACAAGACUCCUUGCCUUGUGUUCCACUUGCCUUCUAAAGAGCUGCUGAGUGCAGCAGGGACACCGACGCUAUUAUCCAAAGAGUUGUACGCUUCCUCAGAUGGGUUUCGCCUCAUAUCCUUCUGCCUUGGCUGUGAUACGGUAGAUAUUAUGGACAACAGACCAAAGAUUGUGGGUUCUGCGAGUGAUAGAUUAUGAUGGUGACGAUAAGAUUUAUUUUAUCAAGGGAUAUCUGUCACUACUACUUCUCCAUAAAAAUAAUACUGAAUUGGGAAGAUCUGUCCUUUCAUAACAUCCCUAUGUCUUGUCUUGAUGAAGACAUGGAUGCUGACUAUCAAAAUAUUGACCCUCUGUGUGAAGAGCAACAUAAUCAAAUUUUAUAUCUAUAUAACAAAAUAAAUCUUGCCUAAGAAACUUGAGAAGUCUCUGCUAUUAAGUGAUUUGUUCUUUCUUUGGUUUGCAUUUUGGAAAAAUAUUGCAUAUAAAUGUGAUGGUAUUUUAAGAGUUUUAGAAGACGUUUUAUCAGGAUAGUCCGUUGCGUUGUGUCAAGCUUGAGAGAUCAAAUUGUGUUCCACUGUCGGUUUGGUCGUGUCUAUUUAAGAACACUUUAAGGUUGUUACAGUUACACAGAACUUUGGUUUGAUUUUAACUUUUGGCAUAUUCCUUUGUUCCAAAAUCCCAAACUUCUUUUGAUCCAUGUCUGAACCUGAUUUUUAAUGGUUUGUCGUGUAUUUUUCCCCUGUGGAAUGGAUUGGUAUAUAUGGCCAAAUGGUGUUCGCUAGUUGUUAAUCUACCUGAAUUCCGAUGCCAAUUGAAAAGGAGAAUUUGUUCUUAUUGUUAUUAUUUAACUUGUGCUUCUCUCAUUUCAACUUCCAUAUUUUUUUGGUCUUUUCUGUUCUGAAAUGUUUUAAAUCCCUCUUUGAUACUCUCAAGAUGGCCACGGGUAGAAAAUAAAACGAUCACUGAAAAACAGAA